AUGCACGAAAUAAUCACACUACAACUUGGUCAGAAGAGCAACUAUAUUGCUACACACUUUUGGAACACUCAAGAGGCAUAUUUUACCUACGAAGAAGGCGAUGAGUCCCUCAUUGAUCAUGGUGUACAUUUUCGAGCUGGCACUGCUCCCGACGGUACUGACACCUUCACACCGAGAACUUUAAUUUAUGACUUAAAAUGUGGUUUUGGAUCCUUGCGUAAAGUUAAUGCCUUAUAUGAGAUCAAUGAAUCUACAGCACCACAGGAACUAUGGAAUGGCCCUACUGUUGUGCAACGAGAACCAGUCAUUCAAAAAAACCCUUACCAACAAAGCCUUGAGCAGGGCUCUGAUUUGAUGCCAAUUGUUCCAGAUUCUGUGAAGUACUGGUCCGACUUCAGUCGUGUAUUUUACCAUCCAAAGUCAAUUGUUCAGCUCAAUAAGUUAGAUGUCAGUCCAAAUUUAAUGCCCUUCGAAACAUGGGAUAUGGGAGAAGAACUUUUCAACUCUAUAGACAAAGAGCACGAUAUUUUAGACCGGGAUCUCAGAACGUUCAUCGAAGAGGCCGAUCAAAUGCAGGCUAUUCAAAUUUUUGCGAGUAUUGAUGACGCUUGGGGAGGAUUUUCUGCGAAAUAUUUAGAUCGAAUUCGAGAUGAGUACUCAAAGACAACCGUGGCUUUUUGGGGUUCUGCGGAUGAGCUCACUUCCAUCCCUCGGGAAAAACUUUUGAUUCGAGGGUCAAACUCGGCACGAUCGACUUCUGAAAUAGCAUCACAUGCCUCUAUCUUUACACCCAUAGUGUUGCCCUCAGAAACUAUACCUUCAUACGUAACACUACAAAAUACAUCGAAUUGGCACAAAUCGGCUCUCUUCUCAACUGCAUUGGAAAGUAUGACACUAUCAUCUAGGUUAAAAUUCAUGAACAAAAGUCGAAUGCACUUAAGUGAGCUGAUCAAUUGUCUCAAUACCAAUGGUCGUCAAAAUAUAUCCAUGCUCCGGAUGGGUGUACAUCAAAGUCUCAUGCAAGGUGGCUCUCUAAAUGGAAGUUCUCCUACCGAAAUGGAAAUAUCCAACCAGCAUACAGACAUGCGGCUACCGUCUCACAGUAAACAUACUGAACAUAGCAGUAUCACAAACCUGUCAGAUUUGAGCAAAUUUGAUAUAAAUUUCUUUCCAAUUCAAUCUAGUCAAAAAUUAAGGCCAGAAGACUCCGGGGAAAAAUACAUCUUUGGCCAGGUAGAAGUUCAUAGGUCAGAGUCAGACCCAAGAAAUACAUCAGAUUCUGGGAGAGGUCUUGAUUCCGAGCAAGCUCGGAGGGCACACGGACUUUCAAAAAUCAAAAAACAAAUAAUACCUCUUCCCCUCCCUCUCACAACCAGCUUCCCACCGAUUUUCCCAAAAUCUGGCCCAUCUUUAUCCCUCAGUACCUCUCUCUCAACAGAUACAAGUAUAGCAGAAUGGCUCAAAAAGCUUCAAGUCGUCGCAAAAAGAGCUCCUUCCAUAGAUGAGCGUGAAGUCUUGACCAACUCUCUAGGCGAGAUGGCCGAAGCUUAUGAACAGGGCUGGGACAGCGGUUCUGACGAGGAUAAUGAUUGA